CACCAAGCGCCUCCACAGGAAACCGGAAGUGACGCACGCGGAAGGGACGUCGGGCUGUGCCAUGGCCCAGGAAGCGAUUGGGCCGCCGCCCGAGGAAACCCUGUCGCUCUGGAAACGGGAGCAAGCCCUGCUGAAGGCCCGCGUGGUGGACCAGGACACCGAGGCGUGGCAGCGGGACCCCGCCUUCGCGGGGCUGCAGAGGGUCGGGGGCGUGGACGUGUCCUUCGUGAAGGGCGACAGUGUCAGAGCCUGCGCCUCUCUCGUGGUGCUCAGCUACCCUGAGCUGGAGGUGCUGUAUGAGGACAGCCGCCUGGUCCACCUGACGGCCCCCUACCUGUCCGGCUUCCUGGCCUUCCGGGAGGCGCCCUUCCUGGCAGAUGCCGUGCGGCGGCUGCGGGAGGAGGCGCCCAGCCUCGCGCCCCAGGCAGGUCCUCCUGGUGGAUGGAAACGGGGUGCUCCACCCCCGAGGCUUCGGGGUGGCCUGCCACCUGGGCGUCCUCACAGACCUGCCCUGCGUCGGGGUGGCCAAGAAGCUGCUGCAGGUGGACGGGCUGGAGAAGGACGCCCUGCACCAGGACCAGAUCCGCCUCCUGCGCGCCGGCGGCGACUCCUUCCCGCUGACCGGCCGCUCCGGGGCCGUGCUGGGCCGGGCCCUGACCCCCUCCCGCCCCAGGCCCUUCGGAGCCACGACGGCAGCUCCAAGCCGCUCUACAUCUCCGUGGGCCACAAGAUGAGCCUGGAGACGGCCGUGCGCCUGACCCGCAGCUGCUGCCGGUUCCGGGUCCCAGAGCCCGUGCGCCAGGCCGACAUCCGCUCCCGAGACUUCAUCCGCAGGACCCUGGGCGCCCCGCCCCCCGCCCCCGGGCGGGAGAGCAGGGCUCAGAGGCCAAAGGCGCGGCCCACGGGAGGCCCCGGAGGCCCCUCGGGUGAGGACAGGGCUCCCGCGGCCCACAGCCCCGGCCCCAGCACCCCCGCCGAAGCCCCAGCCCCAGGCGCCCAGGAGCAGUAGGACCAGAGCCGGUGCGGAGCCAGCCACGCCCUGAGAGAGCCGCCCGCCCGCCAGUCCGCCCGGCGCCUCCGUGGGCGGGACCGGCCCGGCAGCCGGCGGCGCGCUCCGCUCCGACUGGGACACGGCCGGGCGCCCGCUCCCGUGGCUGUGCUGUCCCCGCCGGUCCGUCCGUCCGCCGUCUCGGCACGGGGCCUGGCAGCCCGGUGAUGCGGAGCCCUCAGCACAGACCCAGGCCGGGGCUUUCCCAGGGGUCCCGGGA